AAAAUUCUGGUAUCAAGAUGGCGACCAAAAUUGUCUGAUGAUGUUAUUAUCUGUUGAUUAUGCAAAAUAUUCAUAGCUAAGAUAUUUAGAUGUAAAGAUCUAGACUCUUAGUGUAUUGAUGGAAUAAAUUUUUUACAAGCUGUCAUUAAAAAAUGUCUGGAAAUAAGCGACCCGCUGAUGAAGCAGCCAGUUCAGCCACAGGAGCACCUGCUGCUAAAAAAAUGGCCAUACCCUUUGAUACUUUACCCUUUGGGAAAUUAUACUCUCUUGUUAGUACCUCACUGGAAGAGCUAGACAUGAAAGUGUUGGUAUUCCAAAACAAAAAGCUGGCUGAGAGGAUAGAGCAAAGAAAGAAAGCUGAGACCGAAUUGAAAAAGCGUAUAGAACAGCUAGAAAACCGUCAACGUACUGAUGAUGCUGUUCUAAUGAUUGUGAAUCGUUAUUGGAAUCAGUUGGAUGAAGAUGUGAGAGUUUUACUUCAAAGAUUUGAUGCUGAGACAUCUGACGAAACUGAGACAAAAAAUGAAAGUAGUGAGUUGACCUCCUUUUUAACACUUUUAUCCACCUGGGACAAGCAAGAGCUGGAAGAAAAACUUGGGCAGAGAGUAGAGUUUUCUAAGAGGGCUAUUGGCAAAUUGCUGCAAGCUUUUGAUAGACUGUUACAGAGAAAUGAGAAACUGCAUCACGCUAUUGAUUUCAAGGUGGAGCAGAAGGAAAAAGAUGGCCACUUGGAGGAGGAAGCCAAAGGAGAUGAGGACAAGGAAGAGAAAGAAGAAAAGAAGGAAGAAGGUAAUGACGAAGAGGAAGAUAACGAAAAAAAAAAGGAAGGUGAAGAGAAUAAAGAGAAACCAAGUAAAUCUGAAGAAGGAAGCACAGAAGUGAAAAAUGAUGAUGAGAAAGAAGACAAAGUGCCUGAGCCCAGCUUGUUUGACAUUGUGAAAGGGGAGCUUGCUGAUUUGAAGAAAGAAGCCAAACAGCUCCAGAAUCUGGUGACUCAGUUACACCAGCGCCACCAUGAGCAUACACUCCAUAUAUCUGAGCUCCAAGACAAGCUGACUGCAUCUGAGACAGAGAUAGCAGAGUUGAAAAACAAACUAGAUGAUCUGGAUUAUAUGUAUGACAAGUCUGAGUGUAAGAAAGAUAGCCUGGAGCGCCAGCUUGCUGAGGUCUCAGAGAAACUUCAGUUCUACCAGGAAACAACUGGAAACAUGCCUCUGUCUGGUCUUAAAAAUUUACCUGGAGUCCCAACUGGGAGGUUGGAUGAAAUACUCUCAGAACUUGAAGAACAUAAAGAGUUGUCCUCUAACAGGCUGAUGGAGUUGGAGAAAUUAAGUGCCGAGUACCAGGAAACGCUCACACAAGUGGAGAAAUUAAAAAUGGAUCUGCAACACCUUCCUGAGAAUGUGAUUCUGGAGACCACAGAGUACAAGUGUCUCCAGUCUCAGUUCUCGGUUCUCUACAAUGAAAGCAUGCAGAUCAGAACUCAGCUAGAGGAGAUAAGGAACCAGAUGACUAUCAAUAAGAACAACCAUGGCAGGCAGAUUGAACAAAUGGAGGCAUAUGAGUUGGAAGGCCAAAAGAAAUUGAGAACUGAAAUGAUUCUUGUGGAGGACAGUUUAGCUCAAACCAGGAAAGAAUAUGACAUGUUAAGGAUUGAGUUUGAACAAGCCAUGGCAGCCAAUGAUCAAAAUUUGACUAUCAACAGAGAAAUGAGAAACUUGAUCCAAAGUUUACAAAAUCAUAAUCAGCAAUUAAAGAUGGAGUCAGCCAGAUAUAAGAGAAGGCUCAGGGAGGCCCAAACAGAAAUUCACAAGUUAAAACAAGAACUGGCUGUGGUCAACCCACCUGCAACAUCAACGACAACUGGCACUGCUACGACUACCACAACUACCCUGAGCAGCACUACACCUGCGACUGCCACAACUUCAGUAACAACAACCUCAUCUUCCUCCCCUGCUGCAGUGAGUACUACAUGUGCUGGUGACAACAAAGAUGGUAUAGUCCACUUGAAGGAAGAGGUACAACUGUCACCUGUAAAAACUGAACCAGGCUCAACACCGUCAUCAAUGCCGCCAUUGCAGACAAUUAAGAAAGAAGAAGGAGAAAUGAUGACAACUCCAAUCAAGAAAGAAGAAGAAGAUGAUUAUGACCUUAAAGACUAUAAGAAUGGCAAAAAUGAUCCAGAGAUGAUUAAAGAUUUGAGAAAUCAGUUAAAGAAAUCUCAAGAUAAUGUCAGGGAGCUGAAACUUCUGUUAGACACAUAUAAAGCAGCACCUAAAGAGCAGCGAGAAAAAGUACAGUUGAUGGCUGCUGAAAAGAAAGCCAGACAGGAAGUAGAUGAUUUGAAAGGAGUCAUUAAACGCAUGCAAGACAGUGAGAGAAGGGAGAGAAGAAAACUAGCUGAUGAAGAUGCAAUGAGAAAGAUAAAAAAGAUGGAAGAAACUAUAAUAGAACUGCAAAAAAAUCUAGCUAAUCAGAAACAAAGAGAGGAAGCCCUGCUGAAUGAUUUAGAUGUGACAGGACAAGCCUUUGAAGACAUGCAAGAGCAGAACACCAGACUUCUUCAGCAGUUGCGUGAAAAAGAUGAUGCUAAUUUUAAACUUAUGUCAGAGAGGAUCAAAUCCAACCAGAUUCAGAAGUUGUUGAGAGAAGAGAAAGAUGUCCUGACUGAGCAAGUGGCCACACUACAAACUCAGGUGGAAGCUCAGAACUUAGUUGUGCGUAGCCUGGAAGAGAAAGAGAGACUGCUACAGAACAGCUUGGCAGCUGUAGAAAAAGAACAAGCGAUUACCCAGCAGGCUAUGGAGAUGCACAAAAGGAAGGCAGUGGAAAGUUCUCAAACAGCUGCUGAUCUCAAGCUUCAUUUGGAUAAGUAUCAGGCACAGCUGAAAGAAGCUCAGGUGGCAGUGGCAGAGAAGACAGCCUCAUUGGAGCAAGAAGUCUUUAAAUAUAAAAGAAUGCAGGAAGAAGUUGCUAAACUGAAUCGCAAGUUGGAGAGGAGUAAAAAGAUUGAAAUGGCGGGGGCUGCAGAUGAAGUCUUGUUGGAAGAGAUUAAAGAAUAUAAAGAGCAGCUGACUUGCCCAUCAUGUAAGGUGAACAAAAAGGAUGCUGUGCUAACCAAAUGCUUUCAUGUCUUCUGCCUGGAGUGCCUGCGGACACGCUACGAAACUCGCCAGAGGAAGUGCCCUAAAUGCAAUGCUGGUUUUGGUGCCAAUGAUUUCCACAGACUGUACCUUUCCUAGAGCCUCUCUGGCUUGCCAUUAUAUUGAACCUGCAUCCAGUCUCCACUGUUAUGUUAUGUACAGAAUUAUUUAUUCAUUGUGCCAAGGGUUUCUGGCCUACAGCACUUGUAUCAAGUGUUCUUUGCAGUUGAUGGUAAUCAAAGCACUCAGCAUAAACACGCUGAUUCUUAGACUAGAUAAAAAAAAAAGAGAUGAGGAUGCUCUUACAAAUAGAAUGUCGCAGUUCAGAAUGCCAUAUAUUGAGAAUUGAAUUCAGUAUUUCUUUUUGCCACCCAAGCUGUAUAUUUGUCUAACUAAUUAUGAUGUAUUGUUACUUAGAAUGUAUGGAUUUAAUAAGCGGGACCAAAUGAACAUUGUGUUUCUUAAAACAAAGUUUAAACUUAGGUUUUUACUCUAGUGUGCUUUCUUGUUACAUGAAGGGCAAUAGCUUACAGUUGUUUCUUGUGCAAGGAAAGUGUUCAAGUUUUUUGUCUAUGUUUUUUUUUAUGUAUGCUGUUGUGCCAAUGCACUGUUAGUAUUGGUAAGAAUUGUGAUUCUGUAAGGCCAACAUACAACAAUAAAAGGUUGAAUAUGAUUGUAUCAUCACUUCUAAUAUAGUUAUUAUAAAAGUAAGUGGUUAGCAAGGCAGACUUUGAAGAAGUAAGUCAUCUAUGAGACUAAGGCAGUAUAAAGAUGGACCUUUAGAAAUGAGACCACCCAGAUUGAGUUUGCUGGCAGACUGGUAUUUGAAAACUUCUUUACUUUGAUGUGUUUGGCUCUCUGCUCAUCUAACUAAGAUUAACAUGUCUCUAAUUAUGUAUGUUGGGUUCCUCCUGUUCUACAUAAAUUUUAAGUAAGGUAUGAAAGAAGUUUUUUGUGACCUAACUUACACUAUUGAUUGGUAACUAGUUCAUUGCAAUAUCAGUGAUACAUUUAUCUGUUAUCCAUCCAUCAUACAGACUAGAGCCUGUCUUUGACAUAAUAUCAUCACCUGAGCAAUACAUUUUUUCACUGACUUAGAUCUGACAUUUGUUUUUCUCUUAGCUUUUGGCUGUCAGACUUGUGUUCUUGAUCAACUUUUCAAACAUCUCGCCCUUUUUGAAGAAAAAAAAAUCCAUUUGGUCUAAUUUAAUCAAAUGUAAUACAAUUUAAAAAAAAAAAAAAGAUUAAUUAACUGAUUUUUUUUUUACAAAAUAUUUUGUUAAUACUAAAGCUGCAUGUCAUGCUGAAGGAGUUACUGGGCAUCAUGAUGAUAUUUGACUAAGCUAAUCAAUUAGAUAUUUUUCCUUACAUGUGACUUUAUAAGCCAAGAUUUAAAGAAGACAAAACUUGGUAGAAGAAAACUGGACAUCAUUUUUUAAACUAGCAUGCCAGUGUUCAUUUCAAUCUUGAGCAGAGUUGAACAGUUUGACCUUUUGCCCAUCUAUUCUAUGUGAACAACUAAGUUGUAUCUGAAUAUAAAACAAUUGUUUUACAUGUUGAUUUUUUUCAUAGACAAGUUACCAUUUUUUAAGGCAUUUCUUUUUCAAUGUUACCAUUUGUAUAAUACUGUACAUAUGUAUAUUGUAAACAAUUCUUAAAGCUUUGAGUGUGUAGAGAUGUAUGACAAAUGUCUGUGUUAGUUAUAAGAUUUUAGGUGUGUGUUUCAUUUCUUUCAUUGAUUUUUGUAUUUUGCUUUGACAUUCUAUUCAGUCAGUUAUGGUAGGAUCCUGCUUAAUAAAAUAAAUUAUUUGAAAUUAUGGUUUAUGUUUUGACUUACUGAAAACAAAAAUUACCAGCAUAUAUAAGAAUGAAGGAUUCAUAUUUUACUUUGUAUUCAUUUUUUUUUGUUGUUGUUGCAAAACCAAGACACAUUGUUUGUCAAUUUUUUAAAUGGUGGAUAAUAGAUUUAUUUGUACAUUUCUCUCUUGUGUAUGUUUCAGGCAAUAGAAAGAGAAACAGCGCCAUCAAAAGGUUUUCUCUAUCAAGUAUAUUUUUUAUAUUCUUUCCAUUUUAUUUAUUGAGAGCAAAAAUGUUGAGAUGAACAGAGUCUGAUAUCAUUGUUUUCCACUUCCUGCUCUAAGAGCUGAAACUGUAUCUUCAGAGUCAUUAUUUGGUAACACUUCCAAAUGUACAAACCAAGUUGGUUAAAAAAUAGAAAAAGUCAUGAAUGUACACUAAGAUGGCUUACUAUCUCAUAACUACAGAAGCAGUGCAUAUCAUAUUCCUGCUCUAAUUGAUCUCUGUUAUUCAAAAAAAUAUCUAUAUAAGUUGGAUUUGAAAUUAGGAUAUUUAAUUUAGGAGCUGCAAGUGCUAGGCUUAUGAGAAAAAAAUUAUAAAAAAAAGGUACCCCUUUCAGACCUUGUGAUCUGUAGUGCAGAUGAUUUAAGGGUCAUCUGUUACAAUGACUAAUGCUUAAUGAGGGUGUCAGAUGGCAAACACAUUGAUCGACCGCCUUUACUUCCCUAAUGUAGGUCAAGUACUUAUUAGAGUAGGGUGGACUGAGGAGCGUCCUAAAACUCUAGAACUUUAGGGAUUCAAACUUAAGACCCUGAGGUUCGUAAGUCAAGCUUUUUGUUUUGUCUGCCAUGGAUUUUCUAGUGUCUUUGAGUCUCUUACAGUGUAGCAGCAUGAUCCUCUUUCUUUUGCUCUAGUCUCCCAAGAAGCAGAGUCUAUCUUAGGACACCUUUAAGUGUCCAUGAAUUGUUUUGUUUGAUAAAUCUAAAUGAACUGGUCUUAUAAACAAAAUAUUUUUAUGUAUUCUGUGUUCCAUUCAUUGCUUAUCACAUGUUGUAUGCACUGUACCAGAAUACAUGUAUAGAUCAGAUUGUUUAGCAGUCCUACUGUUCAUCUUGUUUGACAAGAAAGAUAGUUUUAAUGUUUAUAAAUUGAUAGUUUUAAUGUUUAUAAAUUAUUAGUGUAUAUAUUUGGAGGUGUAAACUGUUCAAGAUGUUAAAGAAAACAUUGAGCUAUUAUUGUGCUAAAAAAAAAAGUUUAAAAUAAAAUAGUCUCUUCUCUCUUGAUUAAAAUUAAUUUUUUGUGUGUGUAAAGACUGUCAUUUUUAUUUUACUAAAUUUGGUGAUUCCUUGCUUAUUCCUAAUUAAAAAUCAGUCUCUAUUUGUAUUUUCUAAAGAGACUUCUAAACUGAUCAUCUUAUUUUGUUAAGUAGGUUAAUUUAAUAUUGUAAUAAUUUUAUAAGUUAUUUUUACUGUUGUUUUUUUUUCUGUGGCAUAUUGUUUUUAUUUGUUCACCUGUUUGUUUCUGUGUGUGUGUGUGUUGUCUUGCCUUAUAAUUGAUGGUCAUUUAAGGCCUAGAAGCACAAUGUUACAUGUUUAACUCAUUAAAAUAUUUUUAUCUUGAUA